UUGUUUUGAUAACUCUUUUGUGUUAUGUGUGGCAUUUAAAUACAAACGAUACUACUUCAAAAACCUACUUGUUAACUCGACUCUGUUGCGUUUAUGCACGUAAUGCAGAGGUUUCCGAGACGUCCUUGAACACAGCGGCGCUUGCCAGGGAGUGGCCGCUGCACCUGUCCGACCUGUUCGGGGGACACAUGACUCCGGAGGAAUUUCUCUCCCCUUCUUGCUCCUGUCUUUUGUUUAGCGGCUUGUUUCUGAGGGAGGCGAGCGGGUGAGAGCCAGAGGCGGGGGGAGACAGGCAGAAGGAAGAGAGAGAUGUCGGAACCAGCCGCUAAUCCCGCCGCCACCUCCUUCCCAGCGCCCACCAUAUCUUUACCUUUGGGACUGGAGGUGCUGAGGACCUACUCAGGAGCACUCGUCUGCUUAGAAAUAUUAUUUGGAUGUCUCGUAUGGAUCCUGGUGGCGUCCUCCAAUGUGCCCGUGCCACUGCUGCAGGGCUGGGUGAUGUUUGUGUCCGUCACCACCUUCCUCCUCUCUUCUUCCUACCUCACCCUCCUCAUCACGGGUUUGGCUGACCGCAUUAACACGGACUGGAACUUCUUGGAUGUGUUUUACCAUUUCAUAGCUUUGCUGUUCUACUUCGCGGCUUUUGUGUUGGAAGCAGCGACUACAGCAGCGAAUGGAGGUGCUCACAUCAAGCCGCUAAACACCAUCAAUGAAUCUGUCCUGUGUAUAACUUACCCUCGGGGCAACAUCUUCACCAUGCUGACUUACAGGCAAUACAGCAUCAAUGUGGUAGCCACGCCCAGUGAGAAGCCGGCUUUAGCAAACACAGUUUGUCCUUAACGUGCUGUAAUAGCUGAAUAAAAACGUGCUGGAUGGUGCAGAUAUUUGCAUUUUUUGUGACACUUUGCUACGGCUGCAGUUUGGCGAUGGGUUUCAAGAGAUGGAGGAAGUAACCGGCAGCAUAGACAUGAACUGAUAUCCCCGGCUUCAUGACGUCUGCCCUAAAGCGUCAGCCUCACCACGCGAUGAUGCUGUGGCGGUCACAGAGCAGUCACCACUUCAAACACAGAAAACAACACACUAUGUACUUUUUAAUUAUUAUUUUUACCCACAAAAAUCUGUGGUGCUGAGAAGAUCAGCUCCAGAAAGGAUCAGCCUGCUGUUGGCAAGAGUUCUUAAGGGACAACUAACUGAGCUUUAUCCUGGAGAUUUUGGAGACUUUAAAAAGUUGUUUUGCAAAAUGAAAACAAGUUUUCUGUCAUAUGUAAUAAUAAUCCCAUUCGUUGAUUCAUGAAAUUCAUCAAAAUAAGCCUUUAAUUAUUACUGAAUAAAGUGUGUGCUGCAGAUGGAUUUGAUAGCCAUGUUUGUUUUAUAAGGCCGUCUGACGAGCUGAGGAGUGACAUCACACCAUCUCACUGUUUAUACUGUUGAAGGUUCUGGUUUUAUUAAGAAUUAACCAUUUUUUACAGUAUUAUAACUGUUUUACACAUUUAUUCACUAUUCCUAAUAUUCACAUUUCUACUGAAACCUGUAGUCUAGUAAUCUGGUAAUUUUGAUGAGUUACACUAACCGUUUAUUUAAUCUGAUCAAUUAAAAAGCAAAAUGGUUCUAAAAUCUUUUUCCACUGACCGUAUCGUUUAGUUGUUUUAUUAGUGUUUGUUGUUUAUAUUUAACUGUUGAUUCAUUAUUUAACAGCUUUAUUGAUUAUUUUGGUUAAUCAAUUUGACUGUUGCUGGCAUUAUUGGAUCAUAAUGAUUAUUAACAGUCACUACUUUUUCUGUAAACCUCAAAUGAUUUUGAAAUAAAAAAAUAUUGCUAAUAUAAAA